AUGUCUUCUAAAAGUCGAAAGCGUAAAAUUGAUCUGGUACUUUUACCGCAAAAAAAAAAAAUUAUAAAUGAACCUAUUACACAACCUUCUAAGCUUAACAAUGAUAUUGAAAAUACUGAUGCUGAUGACAUUGAUGAUAACAUUCAAAAUAGUCAUUAUGUAAUUACUGAAAGUCUAUCUUGUUUAUCACUUAAUGAAAUUCCUACAAAUAUUUCAGAAAAUUUAUCUAUUAACUUAGAAGCAUUAUUUGGACCAUUUCGUCAUACUGUGUUUGAACAUGUUUUUAAGAACAAAGUUUCUCCAACUGUUAAUUCUGAAAGUUCCGAAGCUAAUAUAAUGACCUGGAAAUCAAAUGCUAUAAUGGAAGAAGAAGAAAGAACCUAUCUUCAAAUGGUUACUAAAAAAGUAAUCAGUAGACAACCUACUAACAAUCAAUAUGCUAUUAUAUGA